UAUUGACAGGGUUUCUUUUCUAUCACUUGAGCACCCAGAAUAACUCCCUGUAAACAUACAAUAAACAUCUUGAUUUUCAGAAAUGUCGUUAACCUAUAUCGCGAUGGAUGAAUUGUCUUAUACCGUAGUCAACGGGCUUCUGGCUGUUUUCAACAUAUUGGCAAACUUGUUUUUUGCUUUCUGCCUCUUCUGUCCACCGCGAGGCAGAGACGGACUCAAACAGCCUGUGAAGUUACUCCUGGGAUUCUUGGUUUGCUGCACCACAAUUUUCCUGGUCUCUCUUAUCACGUCGGAAUGCUUGUGGCUACUCUCUGAAAGCAAAGAGUCCACGUAUGUUGAUGCUUUUGUAGCGUUUGCUGCAUUUACCAGCAUGUCAACCUCUGUUUGGCUGAAUUUCUUCUACUACACCCAGAUCGUCCCAGCCCAGCGAGCUCUCUUCAUCUGGGUGAAGAGGAACAUCAAAAUCAUCAUUUACUGGGGCCUGUUUGUCGACAGAGCUUUAUUUCUGUUUGACUUGGCAUCAGACAUUUAUUAUGUCACCAUUACCGAAGGAAACGAUAACAUCACUUACACAUCAACAAACGACACUGUUUCUGACUCUACAGAUGGACUGUUUUACACUGUCAAGGUGUGUUUCUAUUCCAAAGUUUUCUACAUGUUUUUUUGUCUGUGUGUGAUGGUGGGGUCGAGCUGUGCCACAGUGUGCUACCUGCAUAGACACAUGAAGAGAAUGAAAGAGACCGGCAGCACCUUCUUCUCUCUCCGCCUGCACAGUCAGAUGAGGGUCACCAUCACUGGAAUCCUGCAGGGAAUUCUCUACUUCCUUUGUGCUCUGUGGAUCUUGACAGAUAUCUUCAUCAACAUUUACCCCUCCUCUAUAAAAUUCGACUAUAAUACUUACUACACUGUCAUCUCUCUCUACAUGUUUGGCACCACUGUUAACCUUGGUAUCGGUCAGUCUGUUUUCAGAGAGAGGGCAGCUGAUAUUUGGCUCAAAGCUCAACAGGCUGCAAGGUCAUUGAAGUUGUGUGGAUGAUACUGUCACUGUGGUACUGUAAUCUCUCUUGGACAUAUACAAGUAACAUAAAUGGUAGUAGCAUCUGUCGACAGACAAGGAACGACUAACAAGGAACUUUAUUCAGGUGUGCAGAUUUUUCGUCACUGAUGAUUUGAACAAAUCAUGAUUUUACAGGUGCUUGCGUCUUUCUAAUUUCUAAAGGGAAAGGGACAUUUGGCCGCAGACUUGCCUGAAACUGGUUGAGAGUUUUGUUUUAGAGAGCUGGAGACUUUGCUAGUCUCGUUAGUAAAUUUUCUAACCUGUCUGCCCCAGAAUUUAAUUGAGCAUCUGACGCAAUUACGCAAGAUUUUAGUUCUGGGUGUCUGAGAUGAAUGGUACUGAGACUACAACAGCAAAUAUGAAAUACAGUUGAUUGACAUUAAAGUAAUAUCAGAAACCCUAUAACUAAAACCAUGUAAAAUUGCAUCAGCUACUCGUUGCUGUCCGUUAGAGAUGAAUAUUUUAAAGUGGUAGUUAGUUCACUUUAUUUAAUCUGGCCCAUAAUGUAGCUAUAAUGUGAUAACCUAUUUUCAAUUUUACAAAUGAGUAAUAUAGUAUGUUAAUUAAUUUUUAAUUUCAUUUUGGUUUACUUGUUGACAUGGCCCUGUGUUUUCCAUCUUUAUCUGAGUUGCAAACCAGGUUAUGGUACAUUUUAAGGUGUUUUCCAUAUCCCAGCAUGUGCUACACAGUACUUAAUUUGUGUUUUUCCAUCAUAAACUCCUUCAGUUGGGCAUCUACCAGUUUUGCAGAUAAACAUUAAAAAGGUGGAUAACUCAUUCCAGGUGAUUCAGUAAUGAUAUUAUAUUUUUAAGCCAUUAUCGUCUGAUAACGAUAUGAAGGACGAUACACCGUGCCUCCAUAAUAGCUAUACCUCAAACAGUGAAUCUGUGAGUUGGACAAGAUCCCUUCAGAAUUGUUGUUGUAGUCCAGCAGGCCCCAAUAAAAAGUUACAAUGUAAAUAGUUUAUGCUACAUUUACUUUGUUCUUUUGUUGCCCGAGUGAGACACCCCUGAAAUCCCUGGCACUGGUGACGUGUUCAGCAUUUGAGCACCUAGAAGCUGAGAGAGAAGAUAUCACUGCGAACAUAUUCCAUGCAGAUUGUCUAAAUCAAGAUGGAUAUCUUGGCCUUUGCCAUAGUCAAUAUUCUCAACAUAUUGGCCAACAUGUUUUUUGCUUUCUGUCUGUUCUGUCCACCGUGAGGCAGAGAGAGACUGAAACAUCCUAUAAAGAUACUCCUGGGAUUCUUGGUUUGCUGCACCAGUGUUUACGUGGUCUCUCUUAUUGCAGUGAAAUGUUUGUGUUGAUUCCUCUUCACUGAACAGUUGGAGCUCUGCUUUGCUGCUUCUCUGAUAGUGGGGUACACUUUAUCCACCAGCAUUUUGUCACAUCCUGAUCAGCAGAGGGAGCAAUUGUAUUAGUUUUGGUCAGGACAUGGCAGAGAUUUUGUGUUAUGUGUGAGUUGGAUGUUGGACUCCCAAUUGAAGGCAGGUGUGUUGAGUUGCCUUUGAUUGGGAG